GUUACUCAGGAGGAGAAAAGGAAUACCCUAUGAGGUUAGCAGACUAAACCCUAAAAGGGAUUUAGCACCCUGAAGAAGAGAGGCAUUCUAAGUUAUGGUUGGAGGAAGGGGUUGAGAGGAGAGACACCAUGAAAACAUUGUGGGGGAUCAGAGGAGAGACACCACGUGGGGAGUCAUAAUGGGGAGCUGAGAAGAGAGACACCAUGAGGGUAGAAAGUCAUAAUGACUGCCCCAAGGGGUUCAGCAAAGAUGGCAUGGGUCAUAAGCAGAUUUAUAAGGGACCACUGUAGCAAUGUUUGGAGAUGCCCAUCACCAGAAGGUUGACCAUCAGGGGAUGAAUUUGUUUUGGCCACAGCAAGUCAUGAAUGCCAUCUACUAAGGCACAGAACUAUUGACAUAUUGAACGUAUUUGAGAUAGACCUAUGACCAUUUUCAUCAUUCUCUUCUGCAAGUUCUCCAAAAUCUUAAAAGUGUGAUGUCCUCAAAUGGACCUGUCAUUUUAAUUGAGAUCUGACUGUAAAAGACUAAUAAGAUAUGGACACAUGCUGAUUAAAAGAAUUUCUUACAACCCGUAUUAGUGCUUUAUGAAGAUGGGAUUUGGAAGUGACCUGAAGAAUUCACAUGAUGCACUGUUAAAAUUGCAAGAUUGGGAAUUAAGACUCUUGGAAACAGUAAAGAAGUUUAUGGCACUGAGAAUAAAAAGUGAUAAAGAAUAUGCAUCUACUUUACAGAAUCUCUGCAAUCAAAUUGAUAAGGAAAGUACUGCCCACAUGAAUUAUGUUAGCAAUGUAUCCCAGACUUGGCUACUAAUGAUUCAACAGACAGAACAGCUUAGCAAAAUAAUGAAGACACAUGCAGAAGACCUUAACUCUGGACCAUUACAUAGGCUCACUAUGAUGAUCAAAGACAAGCAGCAAGUGAAGAAGAGUUAUAUAGGUGUUCACCAGCAAAUUGAGGCAGAUAUGUUCAAGGUCACAAAGACAGAAUUGGAGAAAUUAAAAACAAGCUAUAGGCAAUUAAUAAAAGAAAUGAAUUAUGCCAAAGAGAAAUAUAAAGACGCUUUGGCUAAAGGGAAAGAAACAGAGAAGGCAAAAGAUCGUUAUGACAAAGCUACAAUGAAACUUCAUAUGUUGCAUAAUCAAUAUGUAUUGGCUUUGAAAGCAGCUCAACUUCAUCAGCAUCAGUAUUAUGAUAACACACUUCCUCAACUCUUGGAUUCAUUACAAAAAAUGCAAGAAGAAAUGAUAAACGCAUUAAAAAGUAUAUUUGAUGAAUACAGCCAGAUUACCAGUCUUGUUACAGAGGAAAUAGUCAAUGUCCAUAAAGAGAUUCAGACAUCAGUUGAACAGAUUGACCCUAGCACGGAAUACAACAAUUUCAUAGAUGUUUACAGAUCACCAGCUAUUGAGGAGCAAGAAAUUGAGUUUGAUGCUUCUUUACUUGAAGAAAAUGAAAGUCUUCAGGCUAAUGAGAUCAUGUGGAAUAAUUUAACAGCAGAGAGUUUGCAAAUAAUGUUGAAAACUGUUGAAGAAGAAUUGAUCCAAACACAACAGAUGCUUUUAAAUAAGGAGGAAUUAGUCCUGGAACUAGAAAAGAGUAUUGAAGAAUCUUCUAAGACCUGUGAAAAGAAGUCUGAUAUUGUGCUUCUGCUGAGCCAGAAACAGGCACUAGAAGAACUAAAACAGUCAGUCCAGCAGUUAAGAUGUGCUGAGGCAAAGUUCACAGCACAAAAAGAACUCCUUGAACAAAAGGUGCAAGAGAAUGAUGGAAAAGAGCCACCUCCUGUCUUCAAUUAUGAAGAAGAUGCUAGAUCUGUUACAUCUAUGGAAAGGAAAGAAAAGUUAUCCAAAUUCGAGUCACUUCGGCACUCCAUUGCUGGGAUGAUUCGGUCUCCCAAAUCUAUGUUGGGCUCUUCAUCAUGCACUCCAUCGAAAGUAGGAGAGAAACCUUGUACUUCCUCUAAAAAGUUCUGUGAUGUAAUAUCAGCAUGUGACAAGCCAUUGGUAGAACAGGAUUGGUACCAUGGUGCAAUUCCAAGAAUAGAAGCACAGGAACUCUUAAAGCAACAAGGAGACUUCUUGGUUCGGGAGAGUCACGGGAAACCUGGUGAAUAUGUCCUGUCUGUGUUUUCAGAUGGACAACGAAGACACUUUAUUAUACAGUUUGCUGAUAAUCUAUAUCGAUUUGAAGGAACUGGAUUUACAAACAUUCCUCAACUUAUAGAUUAUCAUUAUACAACAAAGCAAGUCAUAACUAAGAAAUCAGGUGUAGUCCUGCUGAACCCUGUAGUUAAGGAUAAGAAAUGGGUUCUUAGUCAUGAAGAUGUCACAUUGGGAGAACUACUAGGCAAGGGUAAUUUUGGUGAAGUGUAUAAGGGAACAUUAAAGGAUAAAACUCCUGUUGCUGUAAAAACUUGUAAAGAAGAUCUUCCUCAGGAACUGAAAAUAAAAUUUUUACAGGAGGCCAAAAUACUCAAACAAUAUGACCAUCCUAAUAUUGUCAAGCUUAUAGGAGUUUGCACACAAAGACAACCUAUCUACAUCAUCAUGGAACUUAUUCCGGGAGGUGAUUUCCUUUCCUUUUUGAGAAAGAAGAAAGAUGACAUAAAACUCAAACAUUUAGUGAAAUUUUCAUUAGAUGCUGCUUCUGGUAUGGCGUAUCUUGAGAGUAAAAACUGUAUACACAGGGACCUUGCUGCAAGAAACUGCUUGGUAGGGGAAAAUCAUAUUCUAAAAAUCAGCGACUUUGGAAUGUCUCGUCAAGAAGAUGGUGGCAUAUAUUCAUCUUCUGGCUUAAAGCAAAUUCCCAUCAAAUGGACUGCUCCAGAGGCCCUCAAUUAUGGAAGAUACAGUUCUGAAAGUGAUGUGUGGAGCUUUGGUAUCCUUUUGUGGGAAACUUUCAGUUUAGGAGUCUGUCCAUAUCCUGGGAUGACCAAUCAACAUGCCCGGGAGCAAGUGGAGCAAGGAUACCGGAUGUCAGCUCCUCAGAAGUGUCCGGAAGACAUUUAUAAAAUAAUGCUGAGGUGUUGGGACUACAAACCUGAAAACCGCCCCAAGUUCAGCGACCUUCAGAAAGAGCUAUUAAACCUCAAGAAAAAAGUGACAUAGGGAUGAAGUUAUGCCAGAUACCAUCUACAAGACUCUGUUUCCCAACAAAGUAAUAUUUUUUCCCUCAUACAAAAUAAGUUUAUACUACAUUACCUGCAGUAGUCUAGAGUUACUUUUUUAAAUUAAUUGGGUUUUUUAACGUGACAAUUUGAAAAUGUCCUGAGCAUAUGCAUUUAAAAAAUGGACUAUUCUGCCAAGUGCUGCUUAGCCAAUCACAGCUCUUCUGCUGUACCUGGCCAUUAUCCAUGGAAAAGCACAGCCUAUAAAUGUAAGGGAUCAUGGAUCCUAUCUGUUUGACAUGGAUUAGCUACUAUUGAUAUUGCAUCGUUCAUAGUUUGCUCAAUUCAUAGUUUGCUGCCUUAAGUCACAGAGAUCUAAUACAUUGGUGCUAUAAUCUUAAAUGGUGGUGCAUAAUUGGCAGACACAUUCCAGCACAACCUUAUUUAUCUCAUGACUGGGGCAAGAUUAUAUUUUUAGAAUAUUUUCCCAAACUUCUAUUUUCUUAAUAGCUGGCAUCACUUCAGUUGUCAAGGUUUGAAAAUGCAAAAAUUUCUUCUUUAAAAAAUAAUACACUACUACAUUUUACAUUUGAAAAUAUUUGGACUAUUUUUUUUUUUAAGUAUAGUGACCAACACAUCUGAGUCACCACACAUUCACUUUAUCAGUAAAUUUUUUUUUCCCUAUCACCCUAUCUCUCUUUGAUAAAAUCAACAGAAACCUUUGCAUAUAGUUUUCUUUAAGAGCAUAAGCCAGAGUUUUAGCAACUACUUUUGAAUGAAUACUUAAAAAGCUGCUAUCCAAUAAUAGGAAUAUCUACAAAAGAUAAUGACCUAAAAAAUGCAGUCCAGUAAUAAUGAUGAAAGUGGUGAAUGAAAAGAAAUAGAAAAUUGAACCAGUAUCUUUCUAACUUUUUCCUACCUGAUCUUUGUCAAUGUUACAAUCUAAACUGUUGUCAUAAAGGACCAUAGAAAUGUAUCAGUAUCAUAGAUUUCAUAGAAUCAGCAAGAGGCUCAUUUUUAAAGAAAUAACAAAGUAUAUAUCCAUAAAACUUGCAGAUUAUUUUCUUCUUAAUCUCUUUGAUCUUGAUGGAAGUAUCUCAGAAUUUUAGUUCUAGCCAGAUGCUCCAGCUGUUGGUAUUUCAUAAUUUUAGUUUUUACAUGCAUUUGCAGACCCAAGUGCAUACACAGACAUGAGCAUACACAGAGAGAUAUAAUUGAGAAGAUACAGAUUCAGAGACUACAAAAAAAAAUAUUCUAAAGAGAAAAGCUUUUGUGAACAUCUCUUCUACCCCAUGCCAUGAUCACUGGUCAUACUGACAAUUAGAAAUUAGCUUUCUGGUAGAAGACCAUGUUUCUGAGACCCUCAAUAUAUGCAUAAAAGUGAUGCAGAGGUAAGACUGGGGCUCAGUGGCUCCUUUGUCUCUAGCUUUGUCCAGUUAAUUACAACUCAUUCGAUUUAUCUAGAUGACCUCAGCUGUUCUUUUAGAUGAUGAAUAAGUGUGUGUGUGUGUGUGUGUGUGUGUGUGUGUGUGUGUAUUAGGAGAGGUUUGAAGUGGCAGUAAUUGUGGUCAGGAGUAAGUGCUGGCAUGAUAAAACUGAAAAUACCCACACUUAUUCCUGAUGAUGUUGCUUGUUUCUGAUAAGUUUAAAUUCUAGGUAUUUUGGUUCCACAUCAGUUUAAAAAAGGUAACCGAUUCCUCUCACCCUUUUCAACUGUUUGGUGCCUGUUAUUGCACAAGAACUAAGCACAGAAUUUUAAAGAAUGAAAGAAAUGACACUUAAAAGAAAAUUCCCUCUAUUUAUCAUUCUAGUCUUCCUGUAAAAAUAUCUUUUAAAUAUAUUGGUUACUAUAUUUAAGUAAAAGUGAAAAUAUAAUCAAUUUAGUCUUAAUGAUUUAUGUUUAAAGAAAAAUGUCCUUUUAAUCCUUUUUUUUUUCAGUACAAUCAAAUGACAUAAAUAAAUUGAGCAUUUUGUUGAUAUCGUAUAGAUGUGUGCUAGAUAAUGCACAGAAAUUUACAAGGAAAGAAAUAAACUAACAGUGCAUUUUAGGAUCCCAGAAUUUAGAGUCAAGAGGCAUCAUGUAGAUUGACUACAGCUCCCUCUUUUUUAUAGAUGAAAAAAACAGGCUCCAUGAAGUGACUUGUCACAGAUCACCAAAUGGAAGAAACUAGCUUUGUGUCCAAGUCCUUUAUUUCUUUCCACAUUUAUCUCAAUCAGAGAGUCCUAUGUCAUACUUUAAUGUGUUACAUGGCAUUUUUCACAAAAUGAUGGUUUUCAUAAAAGAUAGACUAGUAGCAGUUUCUCUUACUGGUCGUAAUUCCCCAAAAGAAUUUCUUUUCUUGUAAUAUUCUUUUUUUUUUUUCUGUGAAAGAAAAUAUACUCUGAUUAUUUAACAAACCUUAAUGGUAACCACUUGGUUAGGAGAUAGAUUGUUUGGGUUUUAAUUUUCUAAGCAGCACUAGGAGUAUAAUAUUAAAAAUUGGUGUGAAAACACAAAAGUUGCAGCAAUAUUUUUCUUAUCUAGGUUGUUAAAAUUUGAAGUCUACAUCCUAUUUAAAUUAAAAGACAUGAGAAAGCUUUUAGCAUUUAGAUUCCAUUUUGUCUUUCAUCCUAAAGAAGACAGUGGUUCCAUUCAAGAUCAAUAACUCUUAGGGAGAUUUUCAGUAUUAAAUCAGUUAUAUAGAAUGUAAAAUUUAAUGUAGUCAAAUAUAUUUUUAAAAUUUUAAGCAAACCAUUUUUAUGCCACAAAUUUUGUUGCAUUUGACAUGUAUUUUUCUUUCACCGAUAACUUUUAGAAUUAUGUGCUUUAAGAGACUAAUCCAUACCAAAAGCAAGAAUAUAAAAUUUGUUUAUGAAAGGGGGAUUCUACAGAAGAGCACAAAACACUAUGAUUUAUUUGUUCAAUGAGAAAAACAGAGCAUUAAAGAGCCCAAAUUAGCAUUGCAAUCUGCUUUUCCAUUCUUCUUGGUGGUGUUUGUAAUUGCUAGGUCAAAAGUUUUAUGUUAUUACUGGAUUAGUUUAAGGGUUGGAUAUGAUUUUUUUUUUUUUGUACAGAUCUUUCUUUAUAUGAUUCCUUGGAUUUACUCCUAAUUAAUGGAUGUACAACAAAAUCAAGUAGUCUCUGACUUGAAUUCUUUCAUUUAGAAAUCUUGAGCUUUUUAUUAAAAUGUUUAAGUAACCUCUAAUUUUAUCAACCAAAGAAUUCCUAGAGUGACAAAUACUUGCUGCAUGCAAAAAAUAGAUUUUGGUUUUCUGUGGAGUUGAUGGUUAUAACCUCAAAGCAACAUAUUCCUUUUGGGGGAUUGGAGGUAAGCAAUUACCAGGUUUUAUUUGAACUUUCAAAAACAAAGACUUUUUGUCAGUUCUCCCAAAACUCUCUAAUGAAGGUAUUUUUCAUUUGCUUUUUAUAAAUUCACCAAAUUUAGUUACUUGGUAAAAAUGCCUUAGUCUUGGUAAGAAAUUCCCCAACUUUAUCACAGUUUCACACUAGGUACAGUAUUAAAAUGCCCUGUUUACAAACCAAUAUAGGCUUUGAGCUAGAAAAGAAAUGUUACAUUUUUAUGGUCUGAAUUUUACAAUUUAAAAGUAAAAUUUUCCCAUUUGGAAGAGCUAAAGCAAACUUUAUAAAAUGAAAUAGUUUUUAAUUUUCUUUGAACCAUAAGAUAUUUUUUCUGUGAAACUUAAUCUGUGUUUCAAUCUUACAAAAUAGUUUUAUGUGUAAUUUUGGCUAACACCACUAAUAUUAUGAUGUCACCAAAUUCUUAAGAAUACUGUUGUUUGGCUGUGUAUCAAGAAAAAAGAGAACCAUUGAUAAUUCAUGCCUCACCCCAAGGAUCUCAUAACUGGAUGAGUACAAAAGAAAUAGUAAGGAAACAAUUCAUUUCCAAAUCAUCUAUCAUUGUUAUUUCUAGUGUAGCUUACCUAUUUAAGAUUGGUUCUUGUAAAUUUUCAGAUGUUCUAAGUAUGUUACUAAGACUUUUGUGUGAACUAUUCCUAUCAUAAUGAGAUUAAUUGAAAAUAUUUCAAGAAACAUAAUUUGCUCCAUUCCCCAUGUACACCUCACCACAGCUCUAAUUUAAAUAUUUCUUAUGAAUAGAGUUGUCACCAGCAGCAGGUAGUAGUGCCUGGAUCAUGAAAGUGUAGGCUUUGAUCUUUAAGAAGUUACAGCACUCUUGCAGAGAAUAUGUUGUGAAAAAGGACAACAAAGGGACAAAAAGCGAAAAUAGAUAUUUACAUAUUAAUAUCUUAUUAAUAAGUGAAGUGAGAAAUUUUCAAUAUACAGAUGGAUUUCUGUUCUAUAUUUUUGGCUCAGCUUGAAAGUUCACUAUUAAAAUAAAGUUGUCAUUCCCUUUAUUAUCAAUUACAUGUUGCUAAAACACACCAGAGUUGUUUUAUUUAACAGUCUAAUUUUCUUUCUUUUCCUCAGUGUUAGUUAAUUUAUUCUAUAGUCUGUAAUCUGAAUAUUAGAUUCUUUGGAGAACUAAAAUAAUUUAUUUCUUUCUGCAAAGGAAAUGUUCAAAAACUUCCCAACCCAGCGUCUUCUUGAAGAAAAUAUUGAUAAAAAUUUACAAGGAUUUCAUAAAUUUCUUUACAAAACUGAAACAUAUUACCAAUUAGACAUAAUUAUUACUUAAAAAGUAUUCAGAGUAUAUAUUGUAGGCCUAAAUCAAUUAAAGGGAAUAGUUUGUUACCUUGAAAACCAUAUUGUUACCUUCUCUGUAAUGCAAAGAUUAAACAUAGAUAUUUGUAGUCAUUUUAAACCACACAGAAGUAAUAAGCUCAGUUGACAAUUAUUUUACUGAAUAAAAGAGGGGGGAAAGGAAAUCAUUUUCUACAAAGACAGUUUGGGGAAGAAACAGUUAUUUCAUUCUAAGAUGAUACAGUCCUGUAGAUAUCAUGAGAAAUUGAAGGGAACCCAAAAUAGAGAAAACACCAAUAAAAAGCCAUUGGGAAGAAGUACCAUUGACCACUGGAACCCAAAGAAACAAAAUAGAUUACCUACUACCAUGUGGCCAUCAGCUAAAGGACUUUCAUCUGUGACUGAAAUAAUAAUAUGUCCAUAUCUCAGAAAUUUAAAAAAUGCUAAAAACCUAGGAGCUCAUUUUCAUGGUCUAAUAUCAUAGGUAUUCCAGCAUAGAUCCAAUCUUGUCACUCCCAGCUCUGUAGGAACUCCCUGGAGUCAGCAAUCAUAUCAGUAAUCUCAUCAGGGUCCCAAAGAGCUACUGUUUAUUUACAGCAACCCCUAUUAACACCAAUUGGCUAUUGUUAACCAACUCAUGUUCCAGACUUAUAUUUUACUCUGUCAUACCCUGUUCUCAGAAGCCACAAUGUCAACCAGAUGGUCUGGCCAGUCAGCAAACAAGAUAACAGCGUAACACAAUUCUCUAUGCUAAUAAUGACUGCUGUAGAAACUUAGAAGCAUCUCAGAGACUCUCAUGAUGCAUCAAGAAAGAGAAUGAUGAAAAAGGAAAUGUGUGUAGAAAUAAAGGAUAAUGAUAGCAGAACUUAGAGAAAAUUACAAAAGAUUUAAAUAUUCAGAGUCAAAGGCAUUGAUGCAGUGACAGAUGCAUAAAUGCAGUGGUGAAAUAGAAGGAAACCCCCAGAUUUCAGAAGAGUUGUUUGGAAGAGACUCCCACUUUGAAUUAUUCUUUCUUAACUCUCUUGUCUCCAUAUCUACAGAAAGAUUAAAAAACUCAGUGGGUUUAUCCUUUUCAUCUUAUUUCUUAAAAACUUCCUCUUUGUAGUGUAAUUGGUUUUUAAAAGAAGGCAUUAGAUUGAUUUAGAUCUGAUUUUCUUUCUGCUUUCCAUUAAACUUGAGUUAAGAUUUUCAGUCUAUUGAAUUGGAAUUAACUCCUUGUCUUUUUGUUUUUUCCCAUAAUGCUCCUUUCUUUAAUUUGUAGUUUAGAUCCAUUCACCUGGCAACUAAGUUAAAAAAAAAAAAAAAAAGGCUGGAAUUUCCUGAGGGUCAGAUUUUUUUUUGGCUAUAUAUGAAAGAUCUGUAAUAAUGAGGGUCACAAUUCAUAUCUGACUUACAAAUUCUAGGUAGUUACCUGAAGCACAGAAAGAUUAAGGACUUUCCCAGGGUCACAUAGGCAAUUAAGGUCAAAGACAGGAUUUUAAAUUGUGUCCCAAAUUGCAAGCCAGCCCUCUGUUCACUAAUCUAGUAUUCCUUUGCAUUUGGCUCAUGUUGAAGCUAAAGAAGGCUUUCUGGUGUCUUUACCUGUCCCUGAUAAGGAAUCCACCCUGAUUAGACAUUUCUUCCUUAAAAACAAAACAAAAAACCAUAGAAACCAAGGCAUUGAAAUACAUAACCAGAUUUUCCUUCAAUAGUCUUCUUUGGACACAGAAUUCAAAUCAAAUUCUGAGAAUCAUAGAAGAAAUCAAGAUUUGUAUUCUAUGUUUCACAAGUGUUAUAUGAUAAAGUGAAACAAUCAAUUACAAUAAUUACAUUGAUACAAUAAAGGAUACUAUAUGAAAGAAGUACUGUAUGAGAGGUACUAUGCUAGAUUCUAAUUUCUUUAAUUUGUCUUUCUGGCUUUUGUCUUGACCUUUAGUUAAUGACAUUUCCCUUUCAAGAUUUCAUUUUUUAACAUCUGCCUAGUUGAACAAGGACUAAUCUUAACAUUUUGCCAGUUGUGAAGGUUUUCUCUGUUUUUCUGAAGUCCCUUUCUGACUAGCAGCUGCCAAUCCAUCAAUUUAUCAGUCUCUGUGUUCCUAGUACUUGACUGCCUUGUAUACAAUAGAUACUUAAAUGUUUGCUGAAUUAAAUGAAAUUAUUAUGUAUUAAGCAUUUGUUAUGUGUAAGGUCCAAGCUAAUUGCAGUUGAGUGUACCAAAGAAUCCAAGAUUCAGUCUAAUAUAAUUGGGGAGGUAGGAGAUGAACACAGAAAUAGAAACAUACAAAAUAGUAAAUAAUAAGUGCAAAAUGAAUGAGGAAACAGAGAUUACCUUGGAUAAGAAAGAUCUGGGAAUCUCUCAGUUGUGUUUCCUUUGGCCAGAAGGCUAGCAGGAUUAGGUUGUAAAUUGACUAAAAUUUGAAAUCGCUAAAAAUAAAAGAAAAUUGCUUUAAACUAUUAUGCAAGAUUUAUUCCCAGCUCCGCAUACCUUUCCCACUCAGUAUUUUCAAUGUGUUUUUUUUUCCCCCCCUACCAUAAGUAAACGUCUAAUGUUAUCUCUGCGGUCAAUCAUUUUGUAGAAUUCGGAAGUAAUAGCAGCAUAUACAAAGCUUUAAUCUCAAAGGAAGCCAACUUACUUAGAAUUGCAAAUGAAGAAGUAUCAUUUUGAAAUGUUACUCAGUUAAAAUACUGUGACUGAGUUCUCUAAACCAAAUAUUCUUGGUCCCCAAAGAAGCAAAAUGUUAUAAGCUAAACUAAUAUAUCAUUUCCUCCAAAGUAGUUUCUAAAUAGAACAACUGGGAAAGCAGGAUUUUUGUUCUCUGAUAGGGAGGGAAGAUGUCAGUGAAGGAGGAUCAAGGUAGGAAAAAAUGGAAGAUUGCUUCAAAGCUCAAAACAUGACCAAAAUAGAUCCAUACUUUCCAAGUGGAAACAUUGUAACAAAAAUUAGACCAUUAGUCCAAUCAUGUCAUCUAUGCCUUGUUUCUAAGACAUACAUGAAAGAAUCAUGAGAAGGGACUGAUGUUGAACACAUAAAUGUGAAAACAAACUACAAAAAAUUCACAGGUCAAAUGACAUGGCAUAAGGAUAUGAUGUUAUAUUUGCAUUGUCUGAGUUUAUAGAAGAAAGCUAUUCAAGUCCCUAAACCAUUAAUUAAUAGUUCCUUUUUCAUUAAAUUUUUUUCACUAAAUAUUCAUACCCUUGGGGGGUUCCAUUUUUGAGUUCUCUGAAAAAUCUUUUUAAAAGAAAAAACAAUUUUCAAUGAACACUCAUAAAUAAGUCAUUAAUGUAAACUCAAGACACCUAUAAUUAGCUAACCAAGGGCAGGAGAACAAGAGAUCCUAUUUAGAGUCUGUAAUUUCCAUAAGCAUUUGUAAUAAGAUCUCCCUGCAUAAAUCUGAGAGUACUACAACCUAAUCCUUGGAUGAAGAUGAGAGUGGAAGAGUAGAACAACAUUGGUUGGGAAUUUAAUUUGACAAAUUGUGUAUUGAUUGAAUGCAAUUUAAUCUACAUGGUAAACCUAGUGUUAAGAAAUCUCAGUCUGUUUGAAAUGGUAGCUGAUAAGGUGCCCUGAGCCAUCUAAUAACUGUAACUAUUUCCCUCAUAAUACCAUUCCCUAGACUCAUAGUAGCAAUUAGUUAAGUCCUGGCCCCCAGUGGUUUUAAUUACCUUGUAUCAAGGACAGCCAAAAGACCAUUUCAGCAAAAGUUUGUUUUCUAUAACUGCACCCAGGAUGUUCAAUGACUCACAUCCUUAGUAUGCUGAAAAUAUACAUCUUUGUAUAUUAAUAUUACAAUAUUGUACAAUUAAUUUGACAAAAUUUUUACACUUAUUCUUGCUGUUAAAAUGUUGGUUCUAUUAGAUUUAGUAAUGUGCUAAAAAAUCAGAUAAUUAUAAAUCAAAGUACAGACAUGAGGUUGUACAGUCAGAAACAGAAGGUGCCAUUUCAGAUUCAGUAGUGACAAUAAGCUUAAUUCACUUCUUAGUGAACUCCAUGCAAAAAUGUGUUUUUCCCAUUCCCACUGAUUUGCUGAAAGAAUGUAUGAAUCCAAUAAUCAAAAACAUUUUAACUAUUUCCACUUCUCUGUAUUUGAUGCAAGCUAUUAAGGGUUAAUAUGAAAAUAAGUUCUUUAGUCGGAUAUCCUUAAAUUUUGUGAUCCUAAAAUUAGAUGAUAUGAUUAUAAAAUGGAGUUUUUGUUUUGGUUCUGAAAACCCAGUAUAUCCUAAAAUAGUAGGGCUCUGAUAAAGCGAGUUAAAAAAAAUAGAUAUGUAUUUUGAAGACACUAAGCUACAAUGUGGAAGGCCCUCUUUUUAGUCCAUUGAACUAACUAUAAAUUGAAGUAUAAAAGUACAAAAUGUAGCCAGACCAUUCAAAUUUUUAAUGUGCCAGGCCCAUCAGUAAAGAGGUAGUUUGGGACAGGCUCAUGAAUAAUAGGUAUGGAAAAAGGAUUUUUCUAUUUUGUUUUAUUUACUUAUUUCUCUGUAGAAGGUAGAAAGCCUGAAGGUAUAUGGUGUCAGCAUAUAUGCCAUUUGCCUUUGUCCACCCCCAGCUUUGAGGAUAGCAAGUGCUAUUAUGAUUUGUGACUUUUAAAUGUAGCUAGAAGUUUCAUGGUUUUUUCCCCCCAUAUUGUGACAAAAGUAUGUUCCCAUGACCUUAAGAGCAAGUAAAGCACCUUUAUUGCUUUUUGUUGUUGUUUAAAAAUAAUAUAUUUGUGAAACAGAUAAUAUAGAACACUGGAAAUGGGUGCUUCUUCUAGCAAGUGUGAAAAGACAGUGUCUUAUUAGGUUCAUUUGGCUCUUUAAAACAAUAUGAAAAUGAAUGAUUCUUAAGGAUGUAAAGCAGUCAUUAGUUGUCCUUUAUCAUUGUAACACAGAUCUGUAUUUAUCACUUAUUUAUUUGUCAGUUUUUACAUUCAUAAGAAAUACUCUAAAUUUCAGCUAAAAUGGUAUUUUUAUUUGCCUGAUUUUCUCUCUUUAAAAUGGGAGUUCAUUGUUUUGUAAACUAUUUCUUAGUAGUCGUUUUUUUUCUUUCCAAAUGGACCAAUCACCACUAAUGGGUCUAUGGAUCCUUUUGCUGUAUUCUUAUAAUAAAUGUAAGAUAUUUGUAGCAAACUGCA